AUGUAUUCCAACCAGUUAUUUCGCGAGUCGACGGGUGCGAUCGAGUUGAAAAAAUUUCUUAGAUCCAUCGGUUAUAAGCGCAAAAAUAAUGAAGAUCUCGACAAAAUACUCACGGAAUUUUCCAUGUUCGACGCACCUCAACAGGUUAUCGACUCAUCCACGGAGAAAUUACUCAGAAAAUCGAAAAAUCCCUUGAUUGCGCGCAUGAAAGAGAAGGAGAGCUUUUUCAAAAAAAACUGUUACACAGUUUUAAAGCGGAGAAGGGAAGAGUUUCGUGAUAAGCUAAUAGAAAUAAUAAAUCACAAGCACGACGAUUGCGACUUGGAUAAAGAGGAUUGCUCCGUCGAGGAAGUGAACGAAAAUUUAUUGUUGAGAAAUCCCAAAUACUAUCGUUACUUAUCGCACGGAAUAGCUGAUUCUUACAUAAGCCCCCUGGACGACAAAGUUCUCGCUUCUAUUUUAGCAUUGGUGCCAAAAAAAUCGAGAGAGCAUUUCGAUGAGAUUACCCAGUGGCUCGUCGACGAGAUCAAAGAAGAUUAUGUGAUGAGCAUCAAGAGAGCCACGAUCGAUUUCGCUCUCGGUUAUCACUUAACGAAUAACGACUUUUUCGAGGUAGAGUGCAAAAAUAAUUUCACCAAAGCCGAUAAGAUGAAUCGGACGAAAUUUCAAAAGGUUUGCAAGAGGCUCGAACAAUCGCUGGUGCUGUAUCAUCCUUGCAUGAGAAAAGCUCUGAAUUUCUGGUUUCGCGAGUUUAUAUCGACUCGCCAGAUCGACAAAGACGCUAUGUUAUCUCACACUCAAACCUACGAUUUGUCCAACUUCCAGUACGACCUAGUGGUGUCGAUGAAUAACGUCAAAAUGCUCCUAGACGAGAAGUGGAUAGCCAAAAUCAAGAGCAUGUUUCACACUGCCAAGAAGAGGGGCACUUUGCACUUGAACGACGAAGACAAAGCGAGGAGAUUGUUCAAUUGUUUAGCGAUAAUGAUGGAGGACCAACUGCGCUAUCUCAGCUAUCGAUCGAUCGAAGAUUAUUUGGAAUGCUUAUUGAAUACAGAGAUUUCUCCCCUGAAUUUCAAUGUCUACAUGAUCGUUCGAAACCAGAAUAUCAUUUUUGAGCCGUCCUUCAAAGCAUUCAAUAAUGUUUUCUGCGAUCUUAUGGAAUCUCUCUUGGACGCCCUUGACGAACACAAACGUAUCGAUUCCGAUUUUUUGCCAAAUAUACCUAAAUGUCAGACCAACUUGAAGCCAGAUAUAUCGCGAGACACUCUCGACCCGCACAAGAAGAAAAUCGAGGCUUUCGUUGAGUAUUACAAAAUAGAGCCCGAGUUGCAGGUUCAAGCCUUCGAUAAGUAUGUAACGUUGAUCAAUAAAGAUGAAAUAACGUUCGUGAAAAAUUUCUUGGCGGAAAGUCCGCCUCGCUCGUUUCAAGAGUUUGCCGAGCUCAUCGAAAAAUACGACAAUUUCGUUAAAAACAUCCCUUCGGAAUUUGACUCAUUGUGUUUCACACGUAUUUUCGAGGUUCACAAAGAAGACUUGAUUGAAUACAUUUGUAAAACCGCGACACAUUGCAAAAAUAUGCUUAUCAGUCAGAUGAACCACGAUUAUCAGGAUAAGUCAAAAUUGAUCGGAGAGGAGUACCAGAGUAUAUCCAGCAGAGCCAUGAGCGUCCCUCCCAACACGUCGGAGCUCAUGGAGCUGAAAGUAUUCGUAAAAAAAGCCGAGACGGAAUUGUCGGAUGAACUGGAGGACAGACUGCGAGAAAUAAUCAAGUACAUCGUGUUUCUCUCGGAUUACAUGCACCUCAAAGCCGUAGAGAUCAAGACCAACAACAUGGCUUUCCAAUGGUAUCAUCGGAUGCACGGAGUGUUCGAGGAGCACAGGCGAAUAAUCGAGGGCAAAACGGGCGAAUAUCAAGCCGCCCUCACGGAGCGCAUCAAAAAAUUCAAUCAGGACUUGGAGGUGUACGUCGAUCACAGCGAGGAGAUGCAGUACUGGGGUAAUAUCGACGAGAUAUUCCGCUACAAAGAGAAAGCCGACAGGUUGGAGGAUCGCUUGCAGCAGGCCAUGCAGAUGAUCGACGCUUUCAAUCAAGAGGAGCAAAUGUUUGGCUGGGAAAUAUCCCUCUAUCCGCUGAGGAAAAAGAUCGCCGAUAGGCUAGCGCCUUACAAAAAGUUCUACGACGCUGCUUGCGAAUUUUUGUCGAGUCACGACAAGUGGAUGGGCUCGAUGGUCGGCAGCUAUGACCCUAAUGUAAUUGAGUCCGAGUCCGGAACGGCCUAUCGAUCGAUCUACAAGCUCGAGAAGAGCUUUCAAGAGCCGCUGCCACGCAAAUUGGCCGAGACGGUGCGGCUCAAGAUCGAAGACUUUCGCGAGCACAUACCGCUCAUUAUGACGCUCGGCAAUCCGGGCAUGAAGGCCAGGCACUGGGAGCAAGUCUCCGAGAUCGUCGGCUUCCCCAUCAAGAUCGACGCCAACAUGAGCCUCUCGAAGGUCAUCGACUUCGGCCUCGACGAUUACGUGCCGAAAUUCGAGAACAUCUCGGAAGCCGCGACCAAGGAGAGCAACUUGGAGAAGGCAUUGCAGAAGAUGCACACCGAUUGGACCGACAUGGAGUUCACGGUGAAUCCGUACAGGGACACGGGCACCCACGUGAUCGCCGGCGUCGACGACAUUCAGCUGCUCCUCGACGAUCAUCUCACCAAGGCUCAGACGAUGAAGAAUUCCCUUUACAUAAAACCAUUCGAAAAGGAGACGCUAGAGUGGGAGGCGACGUUGUACUUGCUGCAGGACAUCAUCGAUUACUGGCUCAAGGUGCAGGCAACUUGGAUGUAUCUCGAGCCUAUUUUCUCCUCUCCGGAUAUACAGCAGCAGAUGCCUGAAGAGGGCCGAAGAUUCAGCGCCGUCGAUAAGAUUUGGAGGGACAUAAUGUCGAGCGUCGUGCUCGAGCCGAAAGUCAUGUCGGUUGUGCAAAUCGACAAAAUGCUCGAUCGACUGAAAAAAUCGACCAACCUGCUCGAGCUUAUUCAGAAGGGCUUGAACGAUUAUCUGGAGAAAAAGAGGGUUUAUUUUCCCAGAUUCUUUUUCUUGUCCAAUGACGAAUUGCUGGAGAUUCUUUCGGAAACUAAGGACCCUACUCGAGUACAACCUCACUUGAAGAAGUGUUUCGAAGGCAUCGCAAGGCUCAACUUUACCGAGCAAUUGGAAAUAACGACUAUGAUAUCUUCGGAAAACGAGCAGGUCACAUUGGAGAAUAUAAUCGACACGAAUGCAGCCAAGGGCCAGGUGGAAAAAUGGCUUGUCGAGCUCGAGGGUCUCAUGAAGCACAGCGUUCGAGCAAUGGUAAUAAGAGCAAAGGAUGCCUACCCGAAGAAAGCUAGAAGCGCUUGGGUGCUUGAUUGGCCAGGCCAAACAAUUCUCUGCAUAUCGCAGCUUUACUGGACGAAGAACAUUACAGUAGCUAUGCAAGAUACCGAGCGAGGCUUGCUCGAUUACGUCGACCAGUGCAAUAACGAGCUCGGUGAAAUCAUUAUACUUGUCAGAGGGAAACUUUCGACGCAAAAUCGCACAACUCUCGAGGCACUGGUGACGCUCGACGUACACGCCAGAGACGUGCUGGUUGAUCUCGCCAAGCUGGGUGUAUCCAGCCCCACAGAUUUCAAUUGGAUCUCGCAAUUGAGAUAUUAUUGGAUGGACAACGAUUUGUUAACCAUGAUGAUAAACGCAUUCUUGGCCUACGGCUACGAAUAUCUGGGUAACUCGCCUCGUCUCGUAAUAACGCCUCUGACCGAUCGCUGCUACCGCACGCUUUUUGGGGCUCUCAAUUUGCAUUUGGGUGGCGCACCCGAAGGUCCAGCUGGUACCGGCAAAACCGAGACCACUAAGGAUUUGGCCAAAGCAGUCGCAAAACAAUGCGUCGUUUUCAAUUGCUCCGACGGUCUCGAUUAUAUAGCGCUUGGAAAGUUUUUCAAGGGUUUGUUAGCGGCGGGUGCCUGGGCUUGCUUCGACGAGUUCAACCGAAUCGAUCUCGAGGUACUGUCCGUGGUGGCCCAGCAGAUCCUAACCAUUCAGAGGGCCAUCAACUCUACAUCGGAAACGAUCGUCUUUGAAGGAACCGAGCUGAGGGUCGAACCAAGUUGCGCAAUUUUCAUUACCAUGAAUCCGGGUUACGCCGGUAGAUCGGAACUGCCGGACAAUUUGAAAGCCCUCUUCCGCUCGGUCGCCAUGAUGGUUCCCAAUUACGGCUUGAUCGCCGAGAUAUCCCUGUACUCGUUUGGUUUUUACAGAGCCAGGCCGUUGUCUAUAAAAAUAGUGACGGCUUACCAACUGUGUUCCGAGCAGCUGUCCACUCAAAGUCAUUAUGAUUACGGUAUGAGAGCCGUCAAAUCCGUUCUCACAGCCGCUGGUAAUUUGAAGCUCAAAUAUCCCGAUGAAAACGAGGACGUGCUCAUACUUCGUAGUAUACGGGACGUUAAUCUACCAAAAUUCUUAAAUCCUGAUGUACCGCUUUUCAAUGGUAUCAUGUCUGACCUGUUUCCGGGUGUGGUACUACCGGAACCUGAUUAUACCGAUCUCAAUGCAUGCGUGCUGGAAUGUUGCGAACGCGCCAAUAUCCAGUGCACUCCCUGGUUCUUGAUAAAAAUACAACAGAUUUACGAGAUGAUGAUUGUCAGGCACGGCUUCAUGAUCGUUGGCUUGCCUCACGGUGGAAAAUCGACCGCUUACAAAAUGUUGGCAGCUGCCUUAGAACUGCUCGAAGAAAGAGGACUAAUGAACGAAAGAAAAGUUGAGAUUAUCGUGAUUAAUCCAAAAUCCAUCACGAUCGGUCAAUUGUACGGACAAUUCGACCCAGCGUCGCACGAGUGGCAAGACGGAAUUCUCGCUGUUAGUUAUCGCGCUUUCGCUACUUCGACCAACAACAAUCGCAAAUGGCUCAUUUUCGAUGGUCCAAUCGAUGCCAUUUGGAUCGAAAACAUGAACACCGUGUUGGACGAUAACAAAAAGUUAUGCCUCAUGAGCGGUGAAAUCAUUCAACUUGCUCCGACGACUAAUUUGGUUUUCGAGCCGAUGGAUUUGGAGGUUGCUUCGCCUGCCACUGUAUCGAGAUGCGGCAUGAUUUACAUGGAGCCGUCGAGCUUAGGCUGGGAACCAUUGCUCAUGGCGUGGCUCAACACUACUCCAGAAAUAAUCAGCGCUUGGUUGAAAAAAUUCAUGCUCGAAUCCUUGUUUUUGAGAUUUUGCAAACCUAUUUUUUAUGUACUUCGACGUUAUGGUCUUUCCGAAAUGUGUCCUAUGUCGGAUAUAAACCUCGUUCAGAGUAUAACUUACCUGAUGGAUUGCUUCCUCGAUGAUUACAGGAGCGAAGAAAUGACCCAAGCGCCGAGUGAUUUAGAUCUCAGAGCUCAAGUUGAGGGGUCUUUCUUUUUCUCGUGUAUUUGGGCUAUGGGAGGCACUCUGAUUGCCGAAGAUAGAAUUACUUUCAGUCAAUUAUUCCGUGGUCUAUUGGAAAAAGAGUUUCCAGCGGCUCUAAAGGAAAAAUUCCAUCUCCCAAAUCCAAUUCCACCACCGCUUAAGCCGUACAUAUUCAUUAUGCCUAAAGAUGGUUUAGUUUUUGACUACAGAUUCAUCAAAGAGGGCAAAGGCAAAUGGAAAUUAUGGUCGGACGAGUUGAUGAACGCUCCGCCAAUACCGCGAGAUUUGCCAGUCAAUCAAAUAAUCGUUCCGACUGUCGAGACGAUUCGAUACACAACAUUGUUCCAACUUCUCGUUCAGCAUCAGAAACCCGUGCUGUUCGUUGGGCCCACUGGAACGGGAAAAUCCGUUUACGUCACGGACUUUCUGCUGAAAAAGAACGAUGUGGCGGUGUACAAGCCACUGUUCAUCAAUUUUUCUGCUCAGACGACGGCCAACCAGACGCAGGACAUUAUAAUGAGCAAGCUAGACAAACGCAGAAAAGGCGUUUAUGGUCCCCCAGUCGGUAAACGUUGGGUCAUAUUUGUCGAUGACGUGUCCAUGCCGAAAAAAGAAGAGUACGGAGCUCAGCCUGCGAUCGAACUUUUGCGACAAAUGCUCGAUCAAUCUCAAUGGUACGAUCGAAAAGACAUAACGGCGUUGAAACUGAUAGAGCUGCAAUUGAUGUGUGCGAUGAGUCCACCAGUGAGCGGUGGCAAAGACGUAACCAUGAGAUUCAAACGACACUUUUUCGUUACCACCAUAUCGGAUUUUUCCGACGACGUGAUGAUCGCCAUUUUCAGUAAAAUCAUCCUCUGGCAUUUGGACACUCGAGGGUUUAGUAAGGAAUUCGACCCUUGCAUCGAUCAAGUUGUCUUAGCUACUCUAGAUAUUUACAAAAAAAGUCUCAAGUUUUUACUCCCUACACCGAUGAAAUCCCAUUAUUUAUUCAAUUUGAGGGAUUUCUCUCGAGUUAUACAGGGAGUUCUUUUGUCCGUGCCCGAGACAAUGCCAACUCUGGAAAGCAUGAAAAAGCUGUGGGUUCACGAAAUCUUGCGAGUCUUCGGCGACCGUUUGGUGGAGCAAUCCGACAUCGAUUGGUUGGUCGGACAAAUACGCUCGACUCUCGUCGAUAAAAUGGAGAUUAAUCUCAACGAUCUUUUGAGCGAUCUGAGAGUUGACAAGUCUCAACCCGUUGGUGAGACCGAGCUACGGCAAUUGGUUUACUGCGACUUUGCCGAUCCUAAAGCCGACGUUCGUCUGUACCAAGAGGUGACAGAUUUGGAAUUGUUGCGCAGCAUAGUGGAAAAUUACCUGUCGGAAUACAACUCGAUGACGAAAAAACCCAUGAAUCUCGUGCUUUUCCGAUUCGCGAUCGAGCACCUGUCCAAGAUCGCUCGAAUAAUCAAGCAGCCGCGAAGUCAUGCCCUUCUCGUGGGCGUCGGUGGCUCCGGCAGACAGUCCUUGACUCGUCUCGCUUCGCACAUAUGCGAUUACGAGGUACACCAGGUCGAGAUCACCAAGACAUACGGCACGUACGAUUGGCACGAGGACAUCAAGAAGAUACUGCUGAAGACGACGUCGAGCGAGCUGCACUCGACUUUUCUGUUCACCGACUCGCAGAUCAAAGAGGAGAGCUUCCUCGAGGACAUCAAUAACAUGCUCAACACCGGCGAGGUGCCGAAUCUAUUUUCCAACGAGGAGAAGGCCGAGAUAUGCGAGAAAAUGCGGCAAAUCGAUAGGCAGCGCGAGCGCUCGCUCCAAACGGACGGCAGCACAGUGGCCCUGUUCAAUCUGUUCAUUCAGAUCGCGCGGGACCAGCUGCACAUAACGGUAUCCAUGUCACCGAUCGGCGACGCGUUCCGCAAUCGCAUCAGAACGUUCCCGGCGCUGGUCAACUGCUGCACCAUCGAUUGGAUGCAGCCCUGGCCGGAGGACGCCCUAUCGGCCGUGGCGGUCAAGUUCCUCGGCGAGAUCGAGCUCACGGAGCUCGAGCGCAGAGCCGCCAUCGAAAUGUGCCAAUAUUUCCACGUGUCCACCCAGACUCUCGGCUUCGAGUUUCUCCAACGGCUCGGACGACACACCUACGUCACGCCCACGUCGUACCUCGAGCUGCUCAACACCUUCAAGAUCGUGCUGGAGAAGAAGCGCAACGAAAUCAUGACGAGCAAGCUCCGCUACGAGGGUGGCCUGGGCCGCCUGGACGGCACCCAGCGCGACGUCGCUGUCAUGCAGGACACGCUGAAACAGCUGCAGCCCAUGCUGGUCACGGCGACGCAGGACGUGCAGAAAAUCGUGGCUUUCGUCGAAAAGGAGAGCGCUGACGUCGCCGAGGUCGAGAAAAUCGUCAAAAUCGACGAGGAGGCUGCGAUGGAAGUAGCAGCCCAAGCCGCCGAUAUAAAAGCUGAAUGCGACGCUAAUCUGGAGGAAGCCAUGCCAAUCCUCAACGAAGCUCAGGCCGCAUUGAACACGCUCACUCAGUCGGAUAUUGCCGUCGUGAAAGCCAUGAAAAAUCCUCCAGCCGGCGUAAAGCUCGUCAUGGAGAGCAUUUGUAUUUUGAAGGAAGUAAAACCGGAAAGGAUACAACAACCCGAUGGCCGAAUUAUGGAAGACUACUGGAAAGCUUCGCUCAAAGUACUGAGCGACGUGAGAUUUUUGGACUCGUUGAUCAACUUCGACAAGGACAAUAUACCGGAAAAAAUAAUCGAUCGCAUCAGGCGCGAUUUCUUUACCAAUGUCAAUUUUGAUCCGGAAAAAAUCAAGAGCGCCUCGACUGCUUGCGAGGGUCUCUGCAAGUGGGUCUACGCCAUUUCGGAAUACGACAAAGUCGCCAAAGUCAUUGCACCGAAGAAAAAAGCUCUGGCCGAAGCCGAGGCCGUUUAUAACGCAGCCAUGGCAGAGCUCGAAGUCAAGCGGGAACAGCUUCGUCAAGUUCAGUUGAAACUGGCGAAUCUGGAAGACGAUUUGAAAGCAAGAAAACAAGAUUAUCAAAAUAUGAUGGACAAAAAUACCGAGUGUGAAUUGAAAUUGAAACGAGCUGAAGAAUUAAUCGGUGGUCUGGGCGGAGAGUACAACAGAUGGUCUGAUAGUGCCAAGCAACUUGGAGAAAGGUAUUCUCGUUUGACCGGUGACAUAAUGAUAGCGUCAGGUGUGAUUGCCUAUCUAGGACCGUUCACCACACCGUAUCGAGCCAAACAAAUCACUGCUUGGGUGGAUCUUUGCACUAAACUCAAAGUUGUCUGCACGAGAGAUUUUAAUUUACGCGAUAUUCUCGGCGUGCCAAUUCUCAUAAGAGCUUGGAAUAUUUUUGGAUUGCCCACCGACGCUUUUUCAGUCGACAAUGGAAUAAUCGUCAAAAAUGCCAAUCGUUGGCCACUGAUGAUCGAUCCCCAAGGGCAAGCCAACAAGUGGGUGAAAAACAUGGAAAAUGAAUUCAAUUUAAGUAUCAUUAAACUGAGUCAAAACGACUAUCCGAGAAUACUCGAAAAUGCCAUUCAAUUUGGUCAGCCAAUACUGUUGGAAAAUAUUGGAGAGGAGCUCGAUGCCUUACUCGAGCCGGUCCUCAUGAAGCAUACGUUUAGACAAGGCGGUGCUUUGUGCAUCAAAUUGGGCGAUUCUGUUGUCGAGUACCACAAUGAGUUCAGAAUGUAUAUAACGACCAAAUUGAGAAAUCCACAUUAUUUGCCAGAGAUCGUGGUGAAAGUGACGUUGAUAAAUUUCAUGAUAACAGCUAGCGGAUUGGAGGAUCAGCUGUUGGGUAUCGUGGUCGCGAAAGAAAGACCUGACUUGGAAGCGGAGAAAAAUUCGUUGAUCAUUCAAGGAGCGGAAAACAAAAAAUUGCUGAAAGAAACGGAGGACAAAAUUUUGGCACUACUCGCAACAUCGGAAGGCGACAUUUUAGAAGACGAAGAAGCCAUUGCCGUGCUUAGCUCUUCCAAAGUACUGAGCAACGAGAUUCAAGUGAAACAAGCAGCCGCUGAAAUAACGGAAAAAACAAUCGAUGACACGAGAUUAGGCUACUCGCCCAUUGCCGUUUACAGUACAGUCUUGUUCUUCACAACGACUGAUUUAGUGAACAUCGACCCAAUGUAUCAAUAUUCGUUAAGUUGGUUCGUCAAUUUGUUUGAACUGGCGAUCGAUAAUACCGAACAAACUGAAGAAAUUGAUGCUAGAAUUGCUGAUUUAAAAAAAUACUUCACUCGGUCGUUGUUCGACAACGUAUGUCGAUCGCUUUUCGAAAAGGAUAAACUACUGUUUUCCUUCUUGCUGGUGAUCAAUUUAAUUCGCAAUCUGGGUAAACUGUCUCAUGUCCUAUGGAUGUUUAUUUUAACUGGAGGAGUCGGAUUGGAUAAUCCGUAUAAAAACCCCAGCACAUGGUUGCCAUCUCAAGCUUGGAACGAACUGUGUCGACUCAACGAUAUCACUGGUUUUAAGGGAUUACGGGAAAAUUUUGAGAAUAAAAUCGACGAGUGGAAAGAAAUUUUUGACUCAAAAGAGCCACAGUCAAUGAAUUUUCCUAAACCAUUUCAAAAAUUAACACCGUUCCAAAGGAUAGCGCUUUUACGAUGUAUUCGACCAGACAGAAUAGUUCCAGCUGUACAGAAUUUCGUUGAAUCUCAACUGGGAGCAGAAUACUUGGAACCUCCACCCUUCGAUUUGGCUGCACCGUACGCGGACUCGAAUUCGUGUACUCCUUUGAUAUUUAUUUUGACCCCCGGCGCCGACCCCAUGCAGCUGCUUCUGAAAUUUGCCGACGAUCAAGGCUUCGGGGCCAACAAGCUGUUUUCUCUGUCUCUCGGUCAAGGUCAAGGACCCAUAGCCGUCGAAUUGAUCAACAACGGCGUCAAGCAUGGGCAUUGGGUGGUUUUACAGAAUUGCCAUCUCGCCAAGAGCUGGAUGGGUACAUUGGAAAAAAUAGCCGAAGGCCUCUAUCCCGACACGACCCAUCCAGAUUUCCGACUCUGGCUGACUAGCUACCCAGUCGAUCAUUUUCCUGUUUCGAUACUUCAGAACUCCAUCAAAAUAACGAACGAGCCUCCCAAAGGUCUUCGCGCCAACAUCCUCAAGUCCUACAUGAGCGACCCCAUCAGCGAUUCGGAAUUCUUCGAAUCUUGCAACCAGAGCGAGACGUUUAAAAAGCUCCUCUACGCUCUGUGCUUCUUUCACGCCAACAUUCAAGAACGUCGUAAAUUUGGUUCGAUCGGUUGGAACACUCCGUACGAAUUCAACGAGACGGAUUUGAGAAUAAGCGUUCUUCAACUGAAAACCUUUUUAAAUCAGUACGAAGACAUUCAAUUUCCAGCGCUGAUUUAUUUGACCGGAGAGUGCAAUUACGGCGGUCGGGUUACCGAUGACUGGGACAGACGUACUCUCAUGGCGAUCCUCAGAACCUUCUACUGCGAGGAAGUUGUGAAGCAAAAGGUUUACUACGUUGAUCCGACGUCCGACAUUUAUUACAUUCCUUUGUUCAAAGAAUACGAAGCUUAUCUGGCCUACACGCGCAAAUUUCCAAUCAUAACAGAGCCGAGCGUUUUUGGACUGCACGAAAAUGCCAACAUCGUGAAGGAUAAUCAAGAAACCGAUUUACUAUUUUCGUCUUUGUUGCUUACUCAGGAAAAAAGUAGGGACAGCAGCGGAGAAAAAUCGGAAGAUGAUGUGGUUUACCAAAUUACCAUUGACAUAUUGAAAAAGCUUCCAAACAACUUCGAUAUCCAAGCAGCCGAGGAAAAAUAUCCGACAUCGUACAAUCAAAGUAUGAAUACGGUAUUGGUACAGGAAAUGGGCCGGUUCAACAAACUUCUUUCGUGCAUCAGAAGCAGUCUGAUAAAUGUUGGACGUGCCAUAAAGGGAAUCGUUGUGUUAUCUUACGAACUCGAACAGGUCUUUACAGCCCUGCUGACCGGCAAAAUUCCACGCCUUUGGAUGAAAAACUCAUACCCGUCACUGAAAUCACUUGGAAAUUAUAUCGAAGAUUUUUUGGAUAGGCUAAACUUUUUACAGAAAUGGUACGAAGAUGGGCCACCAGCUACGUUUUGGUUGUCAGGAUUUUAUUUUACUCAAGCUUUUUUGACCGGAAUCCGUCAGAAUUAUGCCAGAAAAUAUCAAAUUCCAAUCGAUUUAUUGAUUUACGAUUUUCACGUAAUGAAAGAAACGAAAAUAGAGACAGCAGCCGAAGACGGAGUUUACGUUUACGGUCUGUAUUUGGACGGGGCCAGAUUCGAUCGAGAACAAAUGGUCAUUAACGAGAGCUAUCCCAAAGUAUUGUUCGACGAAAUGCCUUUCUUGUGGUUGGUACCGCGAAGAAAAGAAGAAAUACUGCCGAGACUCACGUUCAGGUGUCCGUUGUAUAAGACUAGCGAGAGACGAGGAACUCUGUCGACUACAGGACACUCUACGAACUUUGUGAUUGCCAUCGAAUUGCCGACAAGUCAACCUCCAGAUCACUGGAUCAUACGUGGUGUAGCUAUGUUAUGUCAACUCAAUUAA